CGGGCGGGGCCUGGGCGGGGCCGCCUCGUACCGGCCGCUGCCUGGCGCAGGCCGGCGGUGCGACGGCAGGAGCGGCUCCUCUCACCAUGGCGGCUGGCGGCGGCGGAGCCGAGCGGCCUUACGAGCUGGUCGUGCUCGGGGCCUCGGGCUUCACCGGGCAGUUCGUGGUGGAGGAGGUGGCGCGGGUGGCAGCCGGCGGGGAGCUGCGUGGCGGCCUGCGCUGGGCCGUAGCCGGGCGGAGCCGGGAGAAGCUCCAGGCGGUGCUGGAGCGGGCGGCCGAGAGGCUGGGGAAGGCGGCGCUCGGGGCGGAGGUCGGCGUGCUGCUGUGCGAUGUGGGCGACGCGGCCUCGCUGGCCGCCGUGGCGAGGCAGACCCGGCUGGUGCUCAACUGCGUGGGCCCGUAUAGAUUUUUUGGAGAGCCUGUGGUAGAAGCUUGUGUUGAAAAUGGUGCAAACUGCAUUGACAUCAGUGGAGAACCCCAGUUUCUGGAAGGAAUGUACCUGAAAUACAACGACAAAGCUGCGGAAAAGGGAGUAUAUGUCAUUGGAAGCUGUGGCUUUGACUCUAUACCAGCUGAUAUGGGAGUACUGUACACCAGAGACAAGCUGAAAGGUACCUUAACUGCUGUCGAAAGUUUCCUGACAGUGAAGUCUGGGCCUGAGGGUUCUUCUGCACAUGAUGGGACCUGGAAGUCAGCUGUGUAUGGCCUUGCGGAUCAAGACAACCUGAGGAAGCUUCGAAAAAAAAUAGGAUAUGCCCCUCUCCCAGUAGUUGGUGCAAAACUUAAAAAAAGAGGACUUGUAUUUUAUAAUCAGGAAUUCAAAGAGUACUCUAUUCUAUUCAUGGGAUCUGAUAGUUCUGUUGUGAAACGGUCUCAGCGUUACUUGCACACGGAGUUGCAGGAAACACCUGUCCAAUAUGGUGCUUAUGUGAACAUAGGUGGUCUUGCCUCUGUUAUCAAGCUGAUAUUUGCUGGCAUGUUAUUCCUUCUUCUUGUGAAGUUUAGCUUUGGAAGAAAACUUCUGACCAAAUACCCAGAAUUUUUCUCUGCUGGAUUCUUCACGAAGAAAGGACCAACCCAGAAACAGAUGGAUGGAACCUCUUUUACAAUGACUUUCUUUGGUGAGGGUUACAGUGAGGGGCAAGAUCCCCAGAAUGGCAAACCAAAUGUAAAGAUCUGCACCGAAGUGAAAGGACCAGAGCCUGGCUAUGUUGCUACACCAAUUGCGAUGGUUCAAGCAGCUGUAUCUCUUCUGGAGGAUGCAGCUUGUCUGCCUAAACAAGGUGGUGUAUAUUCUCCAGGAGCUGCCUUCUCCAAAACAAAACUUAUUGAUCGCCUCAACAAACAUGGUGUGGAGUUCUCUGUUAUUAGCAAGCCUGAAGUCUGAAAUCAAAACAUGGCUGUAUGAACUAACACCUUUCCUGGGUCUCAUUCAACUGUAAAAGCCUAAUCAUAGAAUAGUUCCACUGUGCUAUUGUUCACAGCAGAAACAGAAGAAAAAGAAAGUUAAAAAUUAUCCUAUUUGCUAUAGUGAGCAAACCCAUAAAGGGUACUGAGUUUUAAUUCACAAGCAUAUUAAAUGUGACUUAAUGGCUACUGGUCCUAGAAUUUUGUUUAAUCUUGCCAUUUAAGUUUUAUGUUAUUACUUAAUGGAACCACUAUAGCAUUUUUUGAUAUAUAUACAUAUAUAUUCAUUGCAUCAGUACAGCCUCUAAAAGCUCAAUCUGAAAAGCACUCUGGAGUAUAAAAAGCACUCUGUCACCCUCA